GUGGCGCGGUCGCCCCUCCCCGCCACCACGCCGACAUUGCCUCCUGCCGUGACUCACGCCGGGGACCGUUUAAAUACGGGGCAGCGACCGGCAAGCCGCACUCAUGCUGCAGCCGUGAGCCGUCCCACGUCCUCCUCUCGGGCUCCCUCUAGUCGACGGCGGGCGGGCGGGCUGGCGCCGGGCUGCUGGCCAUGCCUCUGAAACAGUGUCUCCUCUUGCUGGUGGGCUGCCAAGCCUGGGGUGCCGGGUUGGCCUACUAUGGCUGCCCGAGCGAGUGUACUUGCUCCCGGACCUCCCAGGUGGAGUGCAGCGGGGCGCGCAUUGUGGCAGUGCCCACCCCUCUGCCCUGGAACGCCAUGAGCCUGCAGAUCCUCAACACACACAUCACCGAACUCAACGAGUCCCCAUUCCUCAACAUCUCGGCCCUCAUCGCCCUGAGGAUCGAGAAGAACGAGCUGUCCCAAAUCAUGCCCGGUGCCUUCCGCAACCUGGGCUCCCUGCGUUACCUCAGCCUCGCCAACAACAAGCUGCAGGUUCUGCCUGUCGGCCUCUUCCAGGGCCUGGACAGCCUUGAGUCUCUCCUUCUGUCCAGCAACCAGCUGGUGCAGAUCCAGCCGGCGCACUUCUCCCAGUUCAGCAACCUCAAGGAACUGCAGUUGCACGGCAACUACCUAGAAUAUGUCCCCGAUGGCGUCUUUGACCACCUGGUGGUCCUCAACAAGCUCAAUCUGUGCAAGAAUAGCCUCACCCACCUCUCGCCCAGGGUCUUCCAGCGCCUGGGCAACCUCCAGGUCCUUCGGCUGUGUGAGAACAGGCUCUCAGACAUCCCCAUGGGCACUUUCGAUGGGCUGGGCAACCUCCAGGAGCUGGCCCUGCAGCAGAACCAGAUUGGGGCGCUGUCCCCUGGCCUCUUCCACAACAACCGUAACCUCCAGAAGCUCUAUCUGUCCAACAACCACAUCUCCCAGCUGCCCCCCGGCAUCUUCAUGCAGCUGCCUCAGCUCAACCGUCUCACGCUCUUUGGGAAUUCCCUGAAGGAGCUCACUCCAGGGAUCUUCGGACCCAUGCACAACCUGCGUGAGCUCUGGCUCUAUGACAACCACCUCACUUCUCUACCUGACAACAUCUUCAGUAACCUCCACCAGUUGCAGGUCCUGAUCCUCAGCCGAAAUCAGAUCAGCUACAUCUCCCCGGGAGCCUUCAACGGCCUGGCCGAGCUGAGGGAGCUGUCUCUGCACACCAAUGCACUGCAGGAUCUGGAUGGGAACGUCUUCCGAAUGUUGGUCAAUCUGCAGAACAUCUCCCUGCAGAACAACCGCCUCAGACAGCUCCCAGGGAAUAUCUUCGCCAAUGUCAAUGGCCUCAUGACUGUCCAGCUGCAGAACAACCAGCUGGAGAACCUGCCCGUGGGCAUCUUUGAUCACCUGGGGAACCUAUGUGAGGUGCGGCUCUAUGACAACCCCUGGAGGUGUGAUUCAGACAUCCUUCCACUCCGCAAUUGGCUCCUGCUCAACAAGCCCAGGUUGGGGACAGACACUCUCCCAGUGUGUUUCAGCCCAGCCAAUGUCCGAGGCCAGUCCCUCAUCAUCAUCAACGUCAAUGUUGCUGUCCCCAGUGUCCAGGCCCCAGUGAUCCCUGAGGUGCCUAGCUACCCAGAAACGCCGCGGUACCCGGACACGCCCAGCUACCCUGAGACCACCUCCAUCACCACCACUGAGUUCACCAGGCCUGUGGAGGACUACACUGAUCUGACCACCAUCAGCGUCACCAAUGACCGCGGCGUGAUGGGCAUGACCCGGGCCCAGGGUGGGCUGGCCAUCGCCGCCAUUGUCAUUGGCAUCAUUGCCCUGGCCUGCUCCCUGGCUGCCUGCAUCUGCUGUUGCUGCUGCAAGAAGAGGAGCCACGCAGUCCUGAUGCAGAUGAAGGCACCCAAUGAGUGUUAAGGAGCAGGUUGGAGGCAGGCCCAGGGGACCAUGGGACCACAGAGGAUCUGGGAGUUCCAUCCUUCCACAUCUGCCUUCCACAGAGCCAUCCUCUGCUCCCUCGCUCUGGUCCCUGAGAGAUAGGUGCCCCCACCUUUUCCUGACCUGCUCUUGCAGGACUUCUCACCACCAGGGAGAUCCAACUGGCCACGGCGGGGUUUCCAAUUCACGUCCCUGGGCUUCCUUCAAGAAAGCCCCUCCUCCAAAUUCUCACCAGCUCUCUUCCAAGAACAACCUUCCCUGCGCCUCUGUAGACUCACUUAUUACAUGUCUGCUCACUUUGGGGGAAUAGUUCUCCACCGGGACAACCCUUCUCCCAAGUAUUCUGUAAGUUGAUUUCCCUCUUUUUGCUCCUCUUGUUUGGGCCGUGGUCCCACCCUGUCCCCUCAAAUGAAAGUUCUGCCUUGAUUUUCUGCUCCUGAAGGCGGGGUGCGUUCUCUCCUCAAAGAAGGCUUCAAACCAUUUAAGUGGUUUCUUGGGCAUUUCCAAGCACUGGGGCUCUCGGGAUGCUCUGAAAGGGAGGAGGAACCAAGUUGCUCCGUUCCUGGAGACAGAGAGCUGUCGUCAGUGUCUCUUUCAAGAUGUUUAUCUGGAAAAGGAAGAAAGGCACCAAUGCAACCAGUCAGCCUUUUAGAGAAUAUUUCAAACUGCAAACUUUGCUUUAAUUUUUUUAGUCCUUUAAGGAAUAAAAUCAUGUAGAAUUUCUGACCCCUAAAAAUAUCAGAAUCAUCUUAUUGGUACUGGACGGAGAAAGCAACCUGGUACCUGGGGGGAGGGGGUCCUUGUGUUCACCCCAGGGUUUUUCUCUUUUAACUGUUGUGUAUUGAUGUAUAACAUACAUACAGAAAAGUGGGAGCAUGGAAGUGUAUAGUAGUUUGAUGGAUCUUCACAAAUUGUACACACCCGUGUAAUGAGAAUCCAGAUCAAGAAACAGGACAUCACCAGUAUCCUCCAUCCUGGGCUUUUACGGGAGAAGACUGGGGCUUAUGGGAAUGACAUGGCCUUACCUGGGAACUGGCUCCCCACGAGCCAGGACAAGCUCCCCACUGUCCCUCCACACCAGUCAGCCCUUGCCAAAGUCCAGCUGCCAGGGGUGGAGGAGAUGAAGGUACACCCUGGCUUGGACAGAAGACUUUAUUAAAUCCCCAGACCCUGAGACACCCAGAUUGGCCAGGUCAGAAGCAUCUCGACUACAGAGGUGCAUGCAAGCACACCCUUCCCUGCCAACAAGCUGUCUGCUACUCAUUGGAGGCCCUUCUGCCUGGGCCUUUUAUGGGCAUGAUAUGCCUAUAUCUGUUUUUAAUUUUCACUCACCAUUUGGGGGAAGUGAAAUACCUCAGAGAUGAGAUCCUUUAAUUGAACAGCCAAGUGUAAUGGAACCCAGAAAUCCCUCUAAUGUGGUGGUAAACUUCUCUGUCAACAUUAGUCAGCUAGAAACUGAACUUCAGAAUUCUUAUACGCAGCAGGAAAUAUCAGGGUACCCAGAUGGGUCACACUGGCGCUCCUCCUGCCUGUGGUCUGUUUAUAAGUGUCGAACUGUGUGGUCCAAGGUUGUUCUCCACCUUGAGUUUCAGUGUCAUGAAUACCUCCCCUUGCCGCUCUUCCGGCAACACACAUAUUCACGCUGGUAAAGAAAUUAUGCUCGUGGCAACUCACAUCUUUCUCUGGACAAGUGAACCAUUUUAGAAGUAAAAGUUCUAAAAGGAGACUUUUAGGUGCCCAUGUCUGCCCAUUAACCACAAAGAGCUGCAGCCAACAACAUAUAGAUUUGGAAAUUUGUCCUCCAUCCUGACUGGCUUUUACUGGUUCCCUCUGCCCCACAAGACAAGUAAAGGAAUCCCCUGGGCCCUUAGCAGCAUAAUGCUGACAGGUCCCCAACAAAAAGUCCAGGAAGGGAUGUGUGUAAGAGCUAGUGUCUUGGUAGCUUUUCACUCUACUGAUGGAGCUUUUCACCAGCAAAAGGUAAAUCUGGGUCUCUAAAAUGUUUUCAAAAUGUUUGUAACAGGUGGCCAUGUACAAAGGCUUGCCAGGGCCCAAAAGGAAGUGAGCGCAGCACUUGGGGCCUGAACACCAUUCCGAUCCUGGUGGCCUGCCAUGUCAGUCCUGGGGCCAAAAGGGGAAGCCUGGCCCACUCUGCUCCAGCCAAGAAGCACAGUGGGCACUGCAUUCCUCAAGGUGCUCCUUAUAUGCCUGCUCCAGUGUCUCCUUGUGCAAAAGCACAAGUGGGCUGGAGGUGGCAGACGGGUGAGGAAGGAGGCCUCUCCAUCCAGUGUGCCCUGCCGAUCUGAGCCCAGAACCCCUGGGUAUCCAGAUUGGCCAUGACAUUGGAGUACCCUCCUCUCUGGCCCAGGAUAGGAACAUGUGUCCCCAGGCCAAAGGCUGGCUUGAGGGCAGCUGUCCUCAGAUGACCCCACCACCAGCAGCACUUCAUGUGGGGUUGGUGGACCCUUUACCUGACCUGACCUUGCCUGUUCCUUUUUCCCAUCAGAGUGCUUGAAUUUUUUCCUUGGGCCUUUUCCUCGACAGGCCUAUUGGCCCCUCUGAACCAUGUUGUCUGACAAGCUGGGUGGAAAGGAAACUCAAUCCAUUAUGAUGGGAGAAAGGAACAGUUAGAACCACUGUUUUUCAAAAAUGCUUACUCUGUGUAGCUCCCCUUUAAAGCACUCAGCAGGCAUUUUCUUUUGACCUCUCACAAUAGCCCUGUGCACGAGUGCCACGUUAUCUCCUUGGGAGAGAGUCUAACACUGCUCAUUCUUCCACAAAGGUAUUCAACAGACUGUGAGUUCCUUCUCUCUUCUAACUUUGCACAAGACCUCUUGGCCUGGCCUGAGCUUUUAUCAUUAGGCCAAAGGAAAUGGGAGUCACUCUCCUGUUGCUCCUUUGCUUCCCAGAGUCUUCGCCACUGACACCUCACUUGGUACUGUGUGGAUCAAACACUGUACAUACAGGGAAAAAUUAAACACAUCCAUCCAUUAAAGAAAAAGUGGUCCCUGUCAUGGAAAUUAUUGGGCUGUGUGUACAUUGUUCCUCUUUUUAGAAUUUAAAGGCACAACACAGUUCUCAGCACUCUUCAUCGGCAACAACACAGUUUUCACAACCUUCCAAAUGUCAGGGUAGAGCAGCUUCAGAAAUCUGUUUCCAAACUCUGGACACUAAUGGAGAGCAGACAGCUAGAGAUGACCAGGUAACUAGAUUUGGUAAACAGACAGCAGAUCUAUCCCAGUCUUGAGCUGUAAACCUCUCAAAGAAAUCAGCCCGUGGAUCACAGCCAGACUUGAAUCUGGGUUGUUGGGUUGCUGCUGGUGGUCUUGGGGAGGAAGCCAGUUCAGAGAAGGUGGGUGGGUGUCCUCCAGGCCAAACUCCUCCUGGUCCGAGCUUUCUCCUUUACCUAAGGGUGGAUUGUUCUCCAAUCCAUUGCCUUCAUCCUGCCUUCAAUAGUAGAUCAUAUUUGCCUUGCUUAAAGAAUCAUUGCAAAUAGUCCCAGGUGCUUGGUGAUGCAUUUAGAAAUUUCUAGGCCCCCUGGAAUUUUAUAGCGUGUGAGCCCUGGUGGGCAGGGUUGG